AAUGUCUCUUUGAUGAAGAAAAAACAACCUCCAGGGUAAAAUGCAGCUGUUUUAUUGAACACAAAUAACUGCAUAUACUGCAUCCUACACGUGUGAGGAGCAUAUUGGUGUAGAACAGAGUCGCCCACUCUAAUUUCUUUUGCUGUCAUGCAACAUCUCGCAACUGUCUUUAACUGUCCUUAAAUAUUAGAAUAAUUCGUAAGAGUUGGCUUUAUUGAUGAAAAAGCUGAAAAUAUCUUUUAAACUUCCCCAAGCUGUUGGUGUGGCACACCAGACAUCGUCUAUGUGCAGCUGUAUUCCUGCGUAUUGAGAGUUUAUAAUCACGUAACAGUUGCAGCGAUCUAGUGUUGUGCAAUUGAAAGGGCUGAAUCAUUUAAAUGCCUUGUGUUACCCUCUAAAGUUCAUAUAAAAGAACACAUGGCAGAGUUUGGCCACGAGUAUUUCUAAAAAGUAUCCAUGAAAGUUGUUCAGGAUAUGUGUAAAAGAGAGUAUUAUUUGAAAUGUACGCUACACUUUCAAAGCAACCUUAUAGAAUAUGAUCUUAUUUUACAGAGCCAGCGCUUUCAACCUGCUGACCCUCUUACAGUAAAUACGAGUGUAGUGAAGCACUGAGCAUCACUCUUUCUCUAAAACAAGCCUGUAAAAGUGGAUCAUCACAGCUUUAUAUGACACUGAAUUCAACCAUAAUUUGCACAAAAAACCCCAAAAUGUCACGAGCGCUCCCUCUAUCAAAAAAGUAAAGUGUUUGUUUAAAAAAAAAAAGAAAUUAAACAUAAUUUGCCACCUAAUAAACAAUUUAAACGAGGCUGGGGACAGUUCUAUAUAUUUUGUUCUUCACGAGAACGAACGAAAGUAUAGUUUGUAACGUGCAAACCGAAUAAAUGAAAAAUACUAUUGUACAUUUGUAAUAAGAUAUGUUACAAUAUUCUAAAAAGCAUAUAAAAUACACAAUAUAGAAGUUAAUGAUUGUUUUGGCUAAAAUAGACCAAGUGGGUGGUACCUUCUAGAGUUCGAGUAAGAUCCUGCACGUGAUGUGGAGAUGACCAAUCAGGCGCACCUCCUGGUUUAACUAUGUUAAAUGUCAGAUUGCAAUAAACUAGAAGCUGUUGGUCAGGCCCGCGGAAAUGGGCGAGCAUAAUCUCCUUAAUCCUGGGUUUGUGGGACCUUUGGUAAACAUCCACACUGGAGACACGUUUUACUUCCCGAAUUUUAGAGCCUCAGGGGGACAACUGGCGGGGUUACCGUCUCUUUCGUACCCAAGAAGGGACAAUGUUUGCUCUCUCCCAUGGAAUCCAUCGGAGUCGUGCAAUGGAUAUCCUCAGUCCUACUUCAGUAGUCCCGUGUCCAUUAAUCCAUCUUUCAACCGAUCUUGUGGUGAAAUAGCCAGACCGGAGGAAAAGUGUUAUUAUGGUAACGGCGGGAGCAGAGAGGCUUGCUCGGACGGUAACAGCCUCAAGCGAGAGGAGAGAGGAAGAGAGACAUCAGUAUCGUCAGACCAAGGAGUGCACAAUGGGAUGGGCAACGGUGGCACCUUUAACAAGUAUGACUAUGGCACCGAGCAUAUGACCCAAAACCCGCCGUCCUGCCAGUCUUUAGAAUCCGAUUCCAGCUCCUCCGUUCUCAACGAUGCAGGAAAAACAACAGCGAGCGACCCACAGACCCUAUUGUCGCCGGUGAGCCACACAGGCAAUAUCUCCACGGGAGGAGGUGCCCCGUGGUACCCUAUGCACACCCGGACGCGCAAGAAACGAAAACCAUAUUCCAAGCUACAACUGGCCGAGCUGGAGGGCGAGUUUAUGCUGAACGAGUUCAUCACCCGGCAGCGGCGGAGGGAGCUGUCAGAUAGGCUAAAUCUCAGCGACCAACAGGUUAAGAUCUGGUUUCAGAACCGACGAAUGAAGAAGAAGAGACUUUUGCUGCGAGAGCAAGCUUUGUCCUUCUUUUAGAAAGACGUGUGAAUCGCUAAGCAGCAGUAUCUCACCACUAUUCCACUGAGGGUAAUAUGGCAACAGAGCAGUAUUAUUCUCUUUAUUUGCUCCAUUAUGCAUUAAUUUGCGUAAAAGCAAAGUGCAUAACCAUGCAGAAAUUAAUUCAGGGGCAAGCGACCAAAUGAUAGCAGAGCAAGCUCUGCUGUUACCACAAUUUUACUGCAGUAUGUAUUAAAGUGGCUACAGCGUCCAGCGUUUUGUGUCGUGUAAACGUUUGUUAUAUUUUCUUGCUUAAUUUGAAAAAGACGUGCUCUCUCAGCCACUUUUCUUUCUAUCUCACAUUACAGUAUAUAUUGCGAGCUAUACAUUUAGUCACAAUUAAGCUGUGAGAUAUUCCACCAAAGCUAGAUUAUAUGCCUGUAUUAACUGGCACUUCAAAAUGCUUUGUGAAAUGUGCUCACACACGUAAGCUAUUUAUUAUUUCGUAAAAAACUAAAGUACAGAAAUUCCGUGAUAUCUGCAGGUGUAUUACUCAGAGGAAAAUACGUUCUACGGUCUAUUAAAAUCAAUAAUUGAAGAACUCCCAAAUGUGGAACUCUGGCAGACAUUGGACUCAAUAGCUAUCGCAGUGUAUGAAGAAUUAUGAAUUUUUCACGAGCUAUACAGUCGCCAUAUGUGUAAUCCACACUGAGCAGAUCUUUACAACUGGGAAGAGAAAAACACAGUGUGCAGCGGAAAACCAUGAUAUCCCUAUGUCUCUUCCACGGUCACGGUCACGAUCACAGAGUCAGUGUUCCAGCCGCUGAGUAGAUCUGAAAGACUUGAAAAACCAAACUGCAGCUUACAUGCCAACAUUUUAUGGCUA